AAAAUGACUUCAUCUCGUCCCCCAACCGAACAAAUUGUGAAUUUGAAUGUCGGUGGUCAACGUUUCGCUACUUCAAGACAUACCCUUACAUGGAUAUCAGAUUCGUUCUUUACCAGUUUGCUGAGUGGUCGAAUUCCAACAGUUCGCGAUGAUACAGGAGCGAUAUUUAUUGACCGUGAUCCGUCACUAUUUCGAAUUAUUCUGAAUUAUUUGAGAACACGACAAGUCGAUUUAAGUUGUGCAAGUUUAACAAGUCUAAAACAUGAAGCGCAAUAUUAUGGGCUUGGACCAUUGAUUAAGAGAUUAACACUCUGUGAAGAGUUGAAUGAAUGCGCUUGCGGUGAUGUACUUUUCCAUGCUUAUCUACCACCUCCUUCGCUGCCGAUAUAUGGGUAUUGUGGAUCAGGCUCAGGCUCUUCAGUAAGGUCGUCGUGCAUAUCCCCCAAUCAACAGCAACAACAGUGCCCGUCUCCUUCUGUCAAUCCAAUUCAGAAUUCCUCAGAUCUUAUCCCUCCAAGCCAUCGCAAUAGCAAUGAUUUACCUUCCUCAUCCGUUCUAUCCUAUCCAUCCAGCAACAAUCUUCAAGUCAAUGCCUCUCAUCAAAACAUUGUUGCCGUACAACCAAGGCCUCUUCCGAGCAUGGAAGCUAAAUUUCAGAUGCCUACAUUAUUGGAUUUGCAUCCUGCAGUUAAUAACAAUACAGCUACUAAUAACACUAAUAAUGGUAACAACAAUAAUAAUAAUUCAGUGUCAUCGUCAGUAAUAUUGACUGGUGCAUCAUCACGCUUAUCAGAUCCAAUAAAACAGUCGCCAUCUGCUAAUAGUAAUCACAAUAAUUCGAAUGAAAUCGAUUACGGUCAUGCAACAGCAACAACGAACAAACGUUAUCAUUUCAUAUAUUCUGAUUAUUAUUGUGUGUUAUCACCUCCUUAUUCAGUCGAAUUGUGCCUAUUGAUAUCUUUUGCAGAACAGCAAAAUGAGAUGGUCAAUGCAAAAUUGGAAAAGUGUGGUACGAACGCAGAUAAAGGAUAUCAGUUGAAGGGUCCAAAGACUAAUGGUGGAGGCAUGACCCACAGUCGAGCAAAUAGUGCUGAUUUUAUGAUGAUGGGUCAUAGUGGCUAUAGUAGUCCAUCACGAAGCGCAUUUCAACAAGGACACAUGAAGAAGAGUUCCUACGAAUUGGCUAGAUUGGUAUUCCAUUUAUUAGUCUCUAAUUUAACCUACAGAAUGAAAGAGGAGAGUCUCGGCUGGCAGUCAGUCUAUACAUCUCCACGCUUAGAGGCAACUGUUCGUCAUAUUGCACUGAAUACCAAGUUUGGUGCGCAAAAUACCGAUAAAAUGUUAGCGAUAGCUUUAGCGAACAAUUCUAUUCAUUUAUGGAAUAUUUCGGACACAAAUACACCGCAAGGCACUAAAAUAGGAACUUUUUCGUUAUGUGUUGCCGUUGAUAAGUUAUUUUUCAUUGGUAGUCAGUUGGUGGCUUUAAGCAAGCUUGGAAAGGUGGGUAUUUGGCAUUCGAUGACACAUAACUGGCAAGUCCAAGAUGUGCUUUCAAUAUCGUGUUAUGAUACAGCUGGUUCGUUCUUGUUAUUAGGAUGUACAAAUGGAUCAAUUUAUUAUAUUGAUAUGCAGAAAUUUCCUCUUCGAAUGAAAGAUAACGAUUUAUUAAUUACCGAGUUAUAUCGUGACCCUAAUGGUGACCUUAUUACUGCUAUCAGUGUGUAUUUAACACCGAAAACAAAUAUCUGCGGUAAUUGGAUUGAAAUAGCGUAUGGAACGUCAAGUGGUAUUGUGAGGGUAAUAGUGCAGCAUCCUGAAACUGUGGGUCAUGGACCACAGCUAUUUCAAACAUAUACAGUUCACACUUCACCCAUCACUAGAGUUGCUUUGACUACUAAUCAUUUAAUUAGUGUGUGCAGUGAAUAUAAUCAUGUCCGAUCGUGGGGUGUUACAAGAUUUCGAGGAAUGAUAUCGACGCAACCUGGAAGCACUUCACUGGCGUCUUUCAAAGUGCUAACUUUGGAUAGUACUGAUGAUAUAACUGAUGGAGAUUGCACCGAUCCAGGACCAUUCGGAGAUCAAGACGGCGAACAAAUUUUUGUACAACGUGUUAUUCCAGAAACCAAUCAAAUAUUCGUUCGUUUGGCUUCAAACGGUGAUAGACUUUGCACAAUUCGCUCAGUGGAUGGUUCAGCAAUAACUGCAUUCUUGGUACAUGAAUGUGACGGCUCGAAUCGGAUGGGUUCCAGACCGAGACGAUAUUUAUUCACAGGAACUGCAAAUGAUAUUUUGAAGUGUGAACAAACAGAAUUGAGGAAUGUGCCUAACUCUCUAAAUUUGAAGAUGUGGGAUUUGACAACAGCCUUGGAUCAGUAUCACUGUCGGACUAAUACCAUGCUAAACAGUUCAAUAAAUCCUCAGUCCACGCAACUCGAUAAAAGUGCAGCCGCAGCAGCAUCCACAAGUGGUUUAAUGAGUAAUCCUAGCACAACAACCACUCCAUCGGCUGUAGGUGCCUGGGAUUUGUUUACUCAUUCAUUUUAUUCACCUAUUUAUUUGAUGUUUAGUCAUGAUUUAUUGAAGGGACCAACGCCAGAUGAAUUGCUUCAGUUGAUUGACGAAUGCGAAAUAUGUUGUGCAAGUUUGAACUCAACACCAACAAUCACACCACACUCCUCGACGAUACACCUUUCUGAACUUGAUUCCCUCUCCAAUCAAAGAUAG